CAGAUUAGUGGAAGCGUAAUCCCGUCUCUGAGACUUUAUGUAACGCUAUGCUCCUUGCAUUUCUCCCAACGCUGGAAGCUACAUUCACCCCAAGGAUUGGGCUGAGCAUUACGACUACAUGAUGCGCGUUUGGGUGACGGAGCGAAUUCGAGAACUGAUUUCCACGAUUCAGCACUGCUCAGGAUGGCUGGUAGCUUCUGUGUACUUGUCUCUCUUGCUCGACAACGUUUUACUCACGGCUGUUGUUCCCAUCAUCCCCGACUAUUUGUACCGUCUGGAGCAUCACGAUGACCCUACGUCCACGGACGGUACUUUCUUACGUUCUAAUUCCACGUACAACUUUCCAUCACCCGUGACGAACGAAAACGGCAAAGUGGGCAUCAUGCUCGCCUCCAAGGCUUUCGUGCAGCUCCUCUCUAAUUCAUUGGUUGGUAGUUGCACAAACAGGGUCGGUUAUAAAAGCCUGCUUCUCGUGGGAAACAUCGUGAUACUAGCCUCAUCAUUCCUUUUUGCGACGGGAGAGACGUUUGUUCUGUUGUUCGCUGCGAGGGCUAUUCAAGGAGUAGGUUCCUCGUGUGUUACCAUUGCUGGCUUAGGAGCUGUAGCCAGUCGUUAUCCCGAUGACGCGAAGCGGAGCAAGGUUAUCGGGUUCACCCUAGGUGGCGCGGCAGUUGGUGUACUGGCGGGGUAUCCCUUCGGUGGAAUACUCUACGAUUUCAUGGGCAAAGCAACUCCGUUCACGAUUUUGACAAUCGUUACAUUUCUUCUGUGUAUAUUGUCUGGAAUUAUAGCGUGGCCGAGAGAUGAGGAGAUGAGUUGCCCUGGUGCAGUUUCAGUCAUCACCUUGCUGCGGGAUACCUACGUCCUGACCAUAGCUGGUGCCAUUUGCCUAACCACUUCCGCCAUGGCAAUUCUGGAACCCUGCUUGCCCAUUUGGUUAAUGGAUGCCAUUUCCCCUUCCAGAUGGGAGUUAGGAACUGUAUUCAUCCCAGACAGUCUCGGAUAUCUCAUCGGUACCAGCUUUUUUGGAAAAGUUGCCGUUAGAAAUGGCAGGUGGGGCACGGCCAUGUCAUCGAUGCUUCUGGUAGGAGCAUCUGCGAUACUGAUUCCCGUGGCUACAAGCGUACUGCACCUCGUCGGUCCUCACUUCGGUUUGGGACUAGGUAUCGGCAUCGUCGACGCUGCCCUGAUGCCUCUGCUUGCUCUGUUAGUGGAUUCGAGGCAUUCCACUUCGUAUGGCACAGUUUUCGCCAUUGCUGAAACAGCUGUGAGCCUCGCAUAUUGUUUAGGACCCGCUGUAGCAGGUUACCUCGUCAAACAGGUGGGAUUCCCAUGGGUGAUGCGUACCGUGGGUAUUCUCAACAUCGUCUCCUGUCCUCUGUGUCUUCUGCUACGCAAGGCGGAGCAUCGCGAGGAGAAAAACGCAUUGGCAUUGAGCCGUCCUGCCAAAUCCAACUAUGAAGCUGUUCAAAGAGCCAGCACAGGCUAUACUCGCUUUGACGAAGAAACCGACGGUCAAUAGCAAAUCCCCUCCUGGGUUCAUUUGUAAGUGUUUUAACCGAUUAAAUCCAUAA